AUGGAGAGUGUGAUGAUGACAUGGAGCAGAGAAGAAGAGAAAUCAUUCGAGAAUGCAAUUGCGAUGCAUUGUGUUGAAGAAGAGAUAACAGAUGAUCAAUGGAUGAAAAUGGCUUCAAUGGUACCAACUAAAUCUAUACAAGAAGUGAAAAAACAUUACCAAAUCCUUUUAGAAGAUGUCAAAGCAAUUGAGAAUGGUCAAGUCCCUUUACCUCGUUAUCAUCAUCACAGAAAACUCGACGAAGUAGCAGCAGCAACUUCUCCGGUGAACAGAGACUCUCAUUCCUCCGGUGGUAGUGGAUCAUCGGAGAAGAAACCAAACCACGGAGUCUCCAAUGGAGGAGGAGGAGGAAGAAACGGUAGCUCUAGAGCUGAACAAGAAAGAAGAAAAGGGAUUCCUUGGACCGAAGAAGAACAUCGGUAUCUUCUCCUUCUUCGAUAUCUUUUACGUUUUGAGACAAAACUAUUAUUUUGA